UUCAGCUGUUGGAUUUGGUCCAUGAAGAAGUCAACGGUUUAAAUGAUCAGGUCCAAGAUUUGUGUAAUACACGGAGAAACUUUGCUUCGGAAAUGGGAUUCUCGUGUCCAGUGGAACAGUCUACAGGGCCAGGCAGGCCAAGAUUUCACAUUCCCGAAGAGGUAAUCAGAGGAUUACAUGAUGUUCAUGGCGUUUGGAUAGAAGUGGCCAAAGAAGCACGUGUUUCUUACAAAACAAUUCUACGAAGGCGACAUCAGUAUUCCAUGGCAGUUAGUAACACAACUGGUCCAAGAAUCACUUACUCUGAUAUUUCAGAUACAAGACUUUGUGAAAUUAUUGGUGAAGUACUUCAAGUAAUGCCAAAUGCAGGCGAAACGUACGUAAUUGGGUCAUUACGAAGUAGGGGAAUGUGUGUUCAGAGGUGGCGUAUACGGGAAGCGAUUUUUACCGUGGACCCAGGUAGCCGUGCUCUCAGGCGAUGUCAGGCAGUUGUAAGGCGAACAUACAAUGUUCCCUGCCCAAAUGCACUUUGGUAAGAUAAAUUCAAAUUCUUUAAUAAUUAUCCAGAUCCUGGAGAUAACCCUGGAUAGCCAACCGUAAAAUUUACGGUGCAACGGUUUGUAAAUAAAUUACACUUUGGCAUUUCAUGCUGUAAAUGCGUUCAGUUAAGUGGGAAUCUCCACUACUGUAGAACCUUUUAAAGCCCCCCCACUCGCUGUCGUGUCAAUGUCAUUGCUCUCAACAACUCUCAUAGGAUCGUGCAGUCAGAUGUUCUUGAUGCAAGCAUAAGUGACCACAGCGUUGUUUUUUGUACCAUCAAAGGGGGUGUCAAAAAACUACCGCCCAGGGUGUUCGAGUAUCGCUGUUUCAAAAACUAUGAUAAAGAUACAUUUCUGAAAGACUUAAAUUACGUUCCAUGGUCUAUUAUUGAGAGCACAAAUGACGUUAAUGAUGCCUUACACCUUUGGGAGAGCCUUUUCAAAAGCGUUGCCGACGAUCAUGCUCCGAUGAAGACAAAACGAGUUAAGGGAAAACAGUCUCCUUGGAUUACGAAAAAGCUUUUAGAGAUACGGCGUGAUCGUGAUUACCAUAAAAAGAAGGCGCGAAUUUUAAAUUCCAAGUACAACUGGCAAAUGUACCGAAAGCUGAAAAACUGUGCAAAUCGAGAGGAGAGAAGGCUUAAAUCGGAAUAUUAUUGCCGUUUAAUAGAGGAUGCUAAAGGUGAAAGUUGCAGGAUGUGGAAAGCGAUCAAAGAAACUCUUCCAUCUAAUCGCUGUGAAAUUAACGCAAUCUUUUCUGAUGGGAAAUUGCAAACUGAUCCUACAAGCAUUGCCGAAACUUUGAAUAAUCAUUUCUCAAGCAUUGGCAAGAAGCUUGCCAAAGCCUUUAGCGGUGCUUUGCCGGAUCAGUGCUUUGCAUGCAGCUCAAAUUUUUCUCUCCAGCACGGAACAAUAUCCUUUGUUGAAGAGCAGUUGAGUCAGCUGAAGAUCAAUAAGGCCAUUGGACUGGAUAACAUCAGUGCUCGCCUGCUCAGAGAUUCAGCAAGUGUACUCGCUCGUUCACUACGAUAUAUCAUAAACCUGUCCCUGGAAAGUGGCCGAUUCCCAUCUUCAUGGAAAUGUGCUAAAGUAACUGCGCUCUUUAAGCAAGGUGACAGAAGUGAUAAAGAUAACUACUGCCUGAUUUCUAUCCUUCCCACCGUCAGCAAAGUGAUCGAGAAAGCUGUACAUUCUCAACUUUAUGGCUACCUUGCUUCCAAUAACCUUUGUUUUGUUAACCAAUUUGGUUUCAGAUGUGGAAGAUCUACCAGUCUAGCUUUAACUCAGUUUACCGAUGAGGUACUAGGAAAUUUGGACAAAGGAUUAGUUGACGGUGUUCAUAUGGUGUUGCCAGGGGUUGCAGGAAUGAAACGCUUUUCUUAUUUUGCUCGUUUUCUGGAAGUAACUUUGCGGUGGUCUCACUCUCGGCAUGCUCAUAAACCAGUUCUUCGGCCUCGGCCUUUGAGAUUUCAGCUUUAAGUUUUAAUUGAGUUUUGCAUUGGCGUAAUUUCAUUUUUCAUUCUUCAAUUUCAUGCAGCUUCCUAAGCGUUGCGACUUCAGCUUUUAAAAUAGCUGUUUUUGCUGUGGCUCUUGCCCUGGUGCUAGCGGAAGAAUUAUGCGACAUAGGUGACAAACGCGAAGAGCGUGGUGAUCGUGACGAGUGUGACAUGACAGUCCUUAAACUAGCGUUUGAAAUACUGUCUUCGGGAUUUAUCUCAUAAGAUCUUAGUAACCUUGAAGCUUCCACCCUAGCUAGCAAAACAUCUACGUUUUCUUGAAGCUGUUCUACUUCAUUGAGAACUGAUUCGUAAUAAUUUCCGGAUUCUCCGAUUGGCUGUGGAUCUUCUAAUUGAUUAUGAAACGCCCCGUGCGCCUCUUGAAAUUUCUUAAACGCUUGCUCUCGUUCAGCUGACUUUUUUAUUACUUCAUCUGCAUUGCUUUCCUCAGUCAUUAGACUGGAAAUCUCCUUAAUCUUCUUAGUCAUGAUGCCUUUUGCGCUGCUGCAUGCCUUCUUUGUUUCCAUGGUGU